GGAUCAUGGCAGAAGUAGAGACAGCUCCGGCUCCGGCUCCAGCUCCAGCCGCCGCCCCUGCGGCCAAACCAGGCAAGAAGGCGACUUCUAAACACAAAUCCAAACCGAAGUCCAGCCCCACCGUCAGUGAUCUCAUCUGCAAAGCUGUGGGUGAGUCCAAGGAGAGGGGUGGCAUGUCUUUGGCUGCCAUCAAGAAGUACCUGAAUGCAACCGGAUACAAUGUGGAGAAGAACAACACCCGGGUCAAGACUGCCCUCAGGAAUCUGGUGGCGAAGGGGAUUCUGGUCCACGUUAAGGGGAACGGGGCCUCCGGUUCCUUCAAGCUAGGCAAAAAGGCCGAACCCAAGAAGUCAGGGAAGGGAUCCGCUGCUUCAGGCAGUAAGCCCAAACCAAACAAGCCCAAGACAGCAGCCUCAAAGCCCAAGACAGCGGCCUCAAAGCCCAAGACAGCGGCCUCAAAGNGGGCCAAAUGGCCCGUGGCCCUUGCUAAUUUCUGA